GGUACAUUGCAUCAAAUCGCGGUCUCCCGCACGUCAAAAAUGUACUAGAAAAUGCGCUUGAGGGUUCUGCAAAAUUUUGAUUUUGCCUUUUAUAAUUCAUAUUUCCUUAAAGUUUUUAGAGUGGUGCCUUUAAUUAUCGUUUGUCAGGACAUUAAUUAAUUAGAACAAUGUAUAAGAACAAAAAAGACGUCGACAAACACGUGGAAAAGCUACUGUCGAAAUUAUCACCAAAAGACUUUAACGCUCGAGCCUACACGGUUGCCCGAUUAUAUUUUGAAGUAGGAGACUAUGGAAGCUGCCAAAAAUACUUGGAACAAUAUCUUACCUACAAAGCUAACAAUGCAGCCGCGCAUAAGCUUCUCGGACUGACUUUUAGAAAACUUGGACUGAAAGAUAAAGCUCUGGAAGAGCUUAAAAUAUCUCUGGACCUAGACCCUGGCCAAACAAAUAUCAUCUUGGAUAUUUGUGAGUUGCUUGCUGAUGAUGAUGUUAUUAUUGAUGCUGGACGAGCCAGGUAUUGGUGUGAAAAAGCAGAAUUGGCAUUUCCCAAACAUCCUAUCACCUUUAAACUUAGAGAAAGACUUUUAGCUGUAGCCAACCCUAACCCUGAAGCAAUAGUAAACCUACUUACAUCUGAACUAGCUGCUCGACCAAAAGAUGCUGUCCUUCAUGUGCGCUUGUUGAAGCAUUAUUUAUCAACCAAUAAAAUGAAAGAAGCAUUUGAUCACAGUUGCAAUGUAGAGUUUGAGAAUGCUCAUUUUCUAAACAACAUAAUCUGGUAUGAAACAUUGUCGGAAGUUCUGAAAUGCAAUGCAGAUAAAAUCGUUGAUUGGCUAUACCAAUUGCUAUUAUUAACUGUCAAAGAAAGACUUUGUACUCUAAGUGAAACUGAAGUACCCCAAGGAUCAUCAAUGAGCUUAUUGGAAUCUAAAGAACUCCUUCAGGAAUAUGACCAAGCCAUAGUGUCAGUUGCUAAAGCUGGUCCUAUGUCUGGUUAUGCAGAAUUUCAUUCUCAUCUUUUGAGACACCAUCGUGGACAAUUUGCAUUCCUCGCUGCAACAUUACUACUUAAGAGAGCUAAGAAAGAGAAACUUAAUUGGUAUGAUGCUACAAAGUUGUCUUCAUUGUUACUGCUAACUGCAUGGCAAACAUCACCAAUAGAUCCUCAUCCUACUUGGUUAACUGGUUCACCGGAGAAACAAAAGUCAGCUGUUUUUCGGUGGUAUAGAGAAGCCUCAUAUAGAUGCUCCCAAUCAGGACAUAUGAUUCUUGGAAACAACCAAGACAAAGGCCAUCUAUUCCUAGAUCAAAUAUCACAAUUUUGUAGCAGCAACAAUUGGAAAGAUAAACUAUUUGAGAAUAUUUAUGUGAGUAAAGAUGAGAGAGCUAAAGCCGAAUCUUAUAUCACAUCGAAUUCAUUUCAAGCACCAUCAUCGAAACUUCCCCAAAAAUUAGAAGUGCAAGCCUUUGAUGAUGAAGCUCAGAAACUUUAUCCAAAUUCACUUCAUCAUUUUGUUUGGAUUCUGUCAAACUACACAAAGUUUUCAGACUUUAAAUGUACCAUAUUUGACAUGCUUUCACCGUCCAUAACUUCUUGUGGGCCAGAGUCAUUGAGUAAAUUAGAUAUAUUAGCAUUCCUCUACUCUGCCACUUUGUCGGCUAAGAAACAGAAAGAAAAACGCAACUAUAUUGCAGCAGAUGUACCAAACCUUAUACCUGCCAAUAUUUCUGAUUUAUUAUGUUCCUUGCCCCAACUUAAAUGGUGGGACUGUGCAUAUAAAUUUACACAGAAUGAGUUAGGAAGUGAAUACACAGAUAUCCGCUCAACAUUAAGUAGAGGAAUAGAAGUGGUACGCUGUGUGGACAACCACGGCUUGGAUCCUGAACUACUUUGUAUUCUUGGUCGUAUAUUUAGUAGUUUAUCUAAACAAAGUACGAUAGAUGAUAAAAGUAUGCUUGAGUCUAGGGCGUAUCUUUACUAUGCUUCUGCCGUUCCUCUUCUAGAAAAAUUAAAAUCAAAAUCAAUGGUUAAACUGCCUAGCAAAAGGCUUUUUGCUUAUUCACACAAUGAAUUAGAUAAUAAACAAUUAAACACACUAUUACAUGAAAGUAAAUUGUAUAUUGCUCUGAAAAAUUACUAUGAUGAUGAGUAUGUAAAAGCAAUUGAAUAUUUUACCGAUUUAAAAUCACCUGAAAGUUAUUUCUACCUCGGUGCAUCAUACCACAAGAUUGCAAAUGAAGAAAAACUAAUCAAGAAUAAUGAUAGAAACUCAAAGUUUAUUACAUUAUUGGGAAAAUCUAAGUAUUAUGCUUAUAAAGCACUUGAAGGUAUAAAACAUAUAGAAUCAUACAAAUUGUUGCCUCUAUAUUCCAAUAUUCAAGAUCUCAUAGAGGAUGUUGAGUCUUCUCUUAGUAUUGUGGAUUCAAACAUUUCAUUUUCAGUUUUACAUGAUGGUGAUACUAAGUUUUCAUCGGAUGAAAAUGUUUCUGAAAUUGAUAGUGCUCCUUUGAGACUUCCAUAUAGUCACCACAAUCUGAGUUCUACACCUAAGGCAUCAAAGAACCAGGUAAAUAUGAAUUCAACCAAUUAUAGAACGGCAUUGGACUCACAAGUGUUCAAUAACAGUCACGUUGAUCAGCAGAAUCUAAAAGUCAUUGAAGAGCAGAUAAAGAAUCUCCAAAAGAGAGAUGCUACAAUAGAAGACUUUAAAGAACAGACGAGGAACUGGUUUGAUGAAAAUAAAAGGUUAGGAAAUCAAAUUAUCAACACAAUUCAUUCCAAUAUUGAACAAACAACAGAACAGUUUAAGCUUUUAAAGUUGUCAGUAGAAGAAGUCAAAGAUCAAGUGUCUGAAUGUCGAAAAGAAUGUAAAGAUGUUGCAGACCUAAAGAAACAAAUUGCCGAACUAAAGAAAGAAGUUAAUAAAUUAAAGAAAUCCGAGCAGACAAUAGAUGAAAGUGAUCUGUAUAAUUUAAAUGAUGACUAUCGCGCCAAUGAAAAUGCAACAUUUGCCACACAGAUACCUUUUGCUCCACCGCAAGUUAUUCCUCCAUUUGCACAAAGAUUGGUACCACCAUUUCCAGUACCACCAAAUCCUUAUCAGUUGUAUGGACAAAACUUUUGCAAUCUCUAUAAUCAAUUUUCCCAACUCACACAAAACACAGCAGUUCCGGUUUCAUCUGCAAUGUUUAAUCCGAACCAAGGACAACCAACUUACCCAGGCAUUUAUCCCACAUCUGACCAAAUGUACCUUGAUAUGGCAAACCUAGUUCAGCCGGGGAUCCCCCAAGCACCUGUAGUGGUUCCAAACCUUUCAAAUAUCCCUGUGGUCCCUAUUGGACCCACUACUUUAGUCGCUUCUACAUCAUCAGCCGUUGCGAGUAAAAUUAUAACACCAACGUCAAAUGCUAAACCAGUAGCGCGAUCAUUGCCUGUCAAUGUCGUUAUUACAUCAUCGGAUCCUUUACCUUCCUGUACUUCGACACCUGCUCCAAUACUAAGCGUCACUAUUCCACAGAAACAUAUAAAAGGGAGUCCACAUAAUUAUCAAAUACAAAUGCCUUCUAGCACAGAGGCUAAAUCAGUUAUUCCACCCAUUUUUAAUCUAUCAGCCGCAAAAGAUGCAACACCGGGUUCUACUCUGUCGGAUAAUCUAUCUCUGUGGAAUAAACCUGCUAUGAGUGAGAAUUUUUUCACUUCCGAAGUAUCUAAAUCAGUUAUAGAUGGGCCAUACAAAUCCUCAUCACCAAACACAAGUUUAAAUAAAUCUAGGACUUUAUCUGAAAAAAGUAACACCUCUGUUGAUUACGAUCCCUGUCCAGAUUUUAAGCCCAUAAUUCCGUUGCCAGCAGAAGUGAAAGUAACAACAGGAGAAGAGAGUGAAACUUCGAUAUUUAGCGCUCGGGCAAAAUUAUUCCGUUUCGUAGAUAAACAAUGGAAAGAGAGAGGCAUCGGUGAAAUGAAGCUUUUAAAACAUAAUGUUACUGGAAAAGUCAGAGUCCUAAUGCGUAGGGAACAAGUGCAUAAAAUAUGUGCGAAUCACAUAAUUGUUCCAGAAAUGGAAAUCAAACCUAUGAAGAAUGAAACAAAAGCCUACUUUUGGGUGGCUAAUGAUUUUGCUGAAGAAUCUUUGAUAUUAGAGAAAUUCUGCAUACGAUUUAAGACUGCAGACACUGCUAAAGAAUUUUUCGAUACCUUUGAAAAGGCGAGAAGUGAAAGUUCUUCAACUGAUGUGAAAACGUCGAAUGAAAAUAUUAAAGAAAAAACUGUAAUUCCGACUACUGAAGAUAAAAGUGAUCCAUCAAUCAGCAAACCUACUAUUGGUGGAUUCACUUUCAGUAGUACUCCUACAUUUAAAACUGUAACAGAAACACCUAAAAAAGAGGCUGUUAAGGAUGAAACACCAACAUCUAAAGUUAACGUCUUCAGUGGUAUCACUUUUAAGAAUGCAAGCAGUUCUCCGUUUGGCAACGUUUUUGGUUCUACAUCCAGUUCAGCGAUGGACAGUAAAGAGACGAAAUCAUCCGGCAACGCAAGCACGUCCGAUCUUGUUGAGGAGUUUGAACCAACAGCUGAGUUUAAACCAGUAGUUCCGUUACCAGCUUUAGUUGAACAAAAGACUGGCGAAGAAGACGAAAUAGUAUUAUUUGAACAUCGAGCAAAGUUAUUGAGAUUUGAUGGACCAGCUAAAGAAUGGAAAGAAAGAGGUUUAGGGAAUAUUAAAUUAUUAAAAAAUAAAGACAAUAAUCAGAAAGUGCGUCUACUUAUGCGAAGAGAGCAAAUAAUGAAGGUUUGCUGUAAUCACGCUAUUACUAAGGACAUUACAUUUGUGAAAAUGCCGAACAUGGACAAGGCUGUGACAUGGUGCGCUAAAGAUUUUUCUGAAGGUGAACUGAUGUCUGAAACCUUUUGUCUCCGUUUUAAAACAGUGCAGGCUUGUAAUGAUUUCAUUGAUGCAGUAAAGAAAGCUCAAUCUAAUAUAGGAGAUGACGUAAAAGCUGCCGUAAAAGAAGAAAAUGUCGCUAAAUCCAAUUCCAGUGGCUUUGGUAAUCAGUUUAAACCUAAGCCAGGAUCUUGGUACUGUACAGCAUGUUAUACAAACAACUUGGAAAGCUUUACUAAAUGUGCUUGCUGUGAGAAGCAGAAACCACAGAGUACUUCUUCGAGUCAGCCCACUGCUGUAGUCCAAACUAAAACACAAAGCUCCUGGGGUGAUCAGUUCAAACCUAAAUCAGGCACUUGGGAAUGCAAGCAGUGUCUCGUCCGAAAUCAGGCCGAAAGCGUUAAUUGUAGCGCGUGUAAUAGCCCUGGAGACCACAACACCAAUAUAAAGACUGAAGAUGGGCCGAAAGAAGACGCUCCCAAGUUUAACUUUGGCAUCACACAACCAGCGAAACCAAGUGAACCCGCCAAAACACCAGCCGUUUCCGGUUGGGGUGAUAAAUUCAAAGUCAAAGAAGGGUCAUGGGAGUGCAAGCAAUGCUUCGUACGUAAUGAGAAAGAUAAAGAAGUGUGUCCAGCAUGCAAUAGUCCAAGAAAUCCCGGUGCAACAGCAACAGCAGCAACAACAGCAGCACCAGCAGCAACAACCCCGAAGUUUUCGUUUGGUAUCCCACAAAAGGCAGUGGAACAACCUGCUCCCGUAUCUCUGUUUAAUACAAAUGCUUCGCAAACAUUUAAAUUCGGCAUUGCUAAAGAGUCCACUCCUAAACCAUUUGGCGUAGAUGCGAAUGGUAGUGAUGCCCCGAUAAAUUUCAGUACUAAAAAAACUGAGACUGUUACCGCAGUCCAAAAACCCGCUUUGUUACCUACCCCCACAUCGAAUCUUACCUUCGGGUCUAAAGAAGGCGGCACAUUUCAUUUCGCUUUAAAACCAAAAUCACCAACAAAGGGAAAGAGCCCGAUUAAAUCUCCAAAAAGUAAGGGUGACGAAAGUGGUGAUGAGGAAUAUGUUUCUGAUGAUGAGGGAGCCAGUAUACAUUUUAGCCCAGUGAUUCCAAUGCCGGACAAGAUUGAUGUCGUAACUGGAGAAGAAAAUGAAGACGAACUUUAUGGACACAGGGCAAAAUUAUUUAUCUUCACAGACACUGAAUGGAAAGAAAGAGGUCUUGGAAUAAUUAAAAUAUUAAAAAACAAAAAUUCAGGAAAUGUGAGAGUGUUAAUGCGACGUGAACAAAUCCACAAAAUAUGUUUGAACCACAUCCUUUCACCCGAUGUCAUUUAUAAACCCAAAGAUGAGAAAACAUGGUUAUUCGCUGCCAAUGAUUUCAGCGAAGGAGAAUUGCACUUACAACAAUUCUGUAUUCGAUUCCAAAACAAAACAAUUGCGCUGGAGUUUAAAAACGAAAUUGAUAAAGCAAUUGAGAGCAAAUUUGGCUCACAGGGCAAGGACGAUGACGUCAUCUUUGUUUCUGAAACUGAGGCGUCUGAAGAUGACAAGCGAAGAGCCAAAGAGUUGAUGUUACCUGAUAAUUUCUUUACGUACUCAGAAAAAGAACCGUGUAAAGGAUGUCGCGGCUGUGAAGAAGAUAUUAUGGAAACGCCCAGAAAGCCAUCAAAAACAGAAGCAUCUUUGCAAAGCACUACAAAUUCUGUGUACGGAACUCCAUUAGACAGAACGAUUGAUACAACAACUUUUGGCACGCCCUUAACCAGUAUUUUUAAGGAGUCCGAUAGAUCAGAAAAAGAUAGCUUUGCUACCAGACUUCAGGCUUCAAGUAAAAGUUCUAUUCUCGCACCACCAAAGCUAAAUACUAGUUCGAACGAUGAAACAUCUACACAGAAAUCAAUUUUCAAAUCAGCAGAGCAGAAUCAAUCACUAUUUGGAUCACCGAAAGAGCAGAGUAAAUCAAUAUUUGGAUGUGUGUUUGCAUCAACGUAUCAAAGUAAAUUGACAGACCAAAAUAAAUCUGUGGUCGGAGCCACAGAUCAAAGUAAAUCUGUAUUUGGAUCAACAGGGCAAAAUAAAUCUGUGUUCGGACCCACAGAUCAAAGUAAAUCUGUAUUUGGAUCAACAGAGCAAAAUAAAUCUGUGUUCGGACCCACGGACCAAAGUAAAUCUGUAUUUGGAUCAACAGAGCAAAAUAAAUCUGUGUUCGGACUCACAGGCCAAACUAAAUCUGUAUUUGGAUCAACAGAGCAAAAUAAAUCUGUGUUCGGACCCACAGACCAAAGUAAAUCUGUAUUUGGAUCAACAGAGCAAAAUAAAUCCGUGUUCGGACUCACAGGCCAAACUAAAUCUGUAUUUGGAUCGACAGAGCAAAAUAAAUCUGUGUUUGGAUCCACAGACCAAAGUAAACCUAUAUUUGGAUCGACAGAGCAAAAUAAAUCUGUGUUCGGAACUUCAGAUCAAAGUAAACCUAUAUUUGGAUCGACCGAGCAGAGUAAAUCAGUUUUUGGAUCCACAGUGCAAAAUAAAUCAAUAUUUGGAUCAACCAACCAAAAUAAUUCCAUAUUUGGAUCAACAGAUCAAAAUAAAUCUGUGUUUGGAUCAACAGACCAAAGUAAACCUAUGUUUGGAUCAACAGAGCAGAACAAAUCCAUGUUCGGUUCAGCAGAUCAAAAUAAACCAAUAUUCGGGUCCACUAUCCAAAAUAAACCAAUCUUUGGAUCAACUGAGCCCAAUAAAUCAGUAUUUGGCAGUAAUGAGCCAGAAGUGAAAUCAAUUUUCUCAACGGACAACCAAAAACCGGUGAAUUACUUUAGCAGUCCAACUCAAGGAAGUUUGUUUGGGCCAACGGUUCAGGCAGAAAGCAAGCUAAGUGAUGUUCUAGGGCAGGCGAAUACACAAGACACAAAAGCUCCAAACGUUGGAAGUGAAAAAUCUGAUGAAAUUGUAAAUAAACUGUUGGUCGCAGAAAGCUUGUCAUUUGCUGACUUAUCGACGACAGAACCUGUUAUUCAAAAUAAAUCGAAUGAUUUUAAAUGGGAAGGCGCUGGUCUGCAGCUUUUCUCAUCAGCGCGUGAUCAAAGCACAGACAAUGAUAAGACUGGUGAUGAAGAAUAUGAUCCUCAUUAUGAGCCUAUUGUUCCGUUGCCUGAUAAAAUCGUUGUUACCACUGGCGAAGAAGACGAGGAAAAAGUUUUCGGGGAACGCUGUAAGCUAUACAGAUUUGACGAGAAAUCUCGCGAAUGGAAGGAGCGUGGGGUCGGCGAAAUGAAGAUAUUAUAUCAUCCAAAUAGACAAACAUACAGAUUGCUCCUCCGACGCGAGCAGGUGCACAAGGCCGUGUUGAAUAUGUUGAUUUUUAUGGAUUUGGAGUUAUUGCCGAUGAAGAACUCUAAUAGCGCCUGGACAUGGGCGGGAAGUAAUUACGUGGACGGAAAUGCGUCACAGGAAACACUUGCUGUUCGAUUUAAAUCUGUGGAACUGGCUAAUAGCUUCCGGGAUAAAGUCCUCCAAUGUGUUAGGAAACUGCAAGUAGCAGCCGCUGACGCGAUCCGAAAAGAGAAAGAAGAGAAAGAGAAUCCCUAUGGAAGUUUAGCUCCCCUCCGACUCCCGAAAGGAAUGGCAGAGAGUUCGCGGGCGGAUGUCUCACAACCGGAGACUUCUCAAACAGAAAAUGGUGAUGGUGAUCAGGCUGAUGGUGUCAAGCAGGUCCAUUUUGAGAAUGAAGAAGAGUACGAACAUGAUUAUGACGAAGAUUAUGAUGGUUAUUAUAAUGAGGAAGAAGAGGAAGAAUCGGCAAUGUACUAUGCAUGUGAUGGAGAAGUCAUAUUGGAACAAGAGGAGAUAAGAAAUACAGUAGAAGAAGCUCACAUACAGGUGCUGUUUGAUCAAGAUGUCUGUUCCCCGAAGAUUCUCAUCACUGAUAACAAUACUGGGGAAAUACUUGCUGAUAUGCUGAUACACACUGAUACAGUGUUUCAAAUAUCUGGUGACUCGUGCAGUUGGUCGGGACUCGACUAUACCAGUAAUAUUCCAGCGAACAAGAAUAUAACAGUGAAUUUCCCGGACAGUGAAACGACUAUGGACUUUUAUGACAGUUGCGAGACAAGCAAAGCGUCGACGUACGAAUCCCACGAUCCCGAGUCUUAGAGGGCGUUAGUGUUUAAGCCAUUACAAGGCGUCUGACAGCUGUCAAACGAGUUGUCAAACUCGAAUGACGUUAAAUUUCCACUUAAUAUUCUUUGUCUUCUAUUUAAUGAAUACUUUAAUUAAUUAUAUUUUUCUUGUACUAACAAAUUAGGAGCUCUUUGACAACUGCUGUCAGAUGCCAUUUUGACAGGUUUAAAAACGCCUGGUAGGAAUACGUGAUUUAAUAUUUAGUAAUUAUCUGAAGCAGGUUAAUUAUUUCGAUUUAAAUUUGCCCAUUUUUUUAAUUUAUGUACAAGGAGAUCUGAUCAAUUUUCUUUAUUUUCCUUUAAAAGGAAACUGUAAUUUAUGUAAAUUUUAUAUUGAUCAGGUCUUUUUACUAGGUUUUAAGACAAAUAAUGUUUAAUCGCUUGAACUUGUGAAUUCGGUAUUACAUGGAUGUGGUAGUAAUGUAUAAAUGACUUAAUAAAAAUUAUAAUUAAA